UAGGCACCUAAUGUAACCGCUGUAAGCCAGACCCAAACUCAACUCCACCACGAUCUAUCAUCACCAUUCAUUCUUUCGUUCUCCUUGGAAUCUUUCAUCCCAUUGCAACAUUUGCUGGCUUCUCAUUUCUGCCUCGGCUACUCUAUUACAGCCCCGUCCAAGCCGUAACAAUCUCUGGCUCGACUUUCGAAACUCGCUUCAAUUCGCCUGUCACUUGCUUGCUUGCUUGCUGGCUCGCCUAUCUCCUCUCUUGGCUCUGUUCUCCCCUCUUAAACUCAAUUUAAGCGCAGUCUGCCUGCGCCUUUGCAAGCACCCAGCCGGCAUAUGAUGCGCGCAUCCCGAUAAUCAAUCGCCAUGGCUUCCUCCCGCCGAGGACAACCGUCUCUUUCCGUCCGCAUGCCUUCGAACCAACCUCUCGAUCGUCCUCCUAUCGAUGCUCUCUUCCUCAUCCACUUCGACGUCAAGGCCGGAUAUACAAUUCUCUGGAAACAAAAUGCUCCUGGUAUCGACCUCGAAGGUCUUGUCGAAUACAAAUCUCUUCCUUCCGGGUUACACACAGUCUCCGAAGAUCUCAUCUACUUCGUUCACGACAGCGCCCAUGCCGGACUCAGUGCCUUUGUUAACAUGCCCUGCGAUGAGGAGGAGGCACGAAACGCGAGAAUGUUUGCCGUCGGAGUUCUAGUUCCCCUGAGCUAUGGUCGUUUGGGGCGCGCUUGGAGGCAUGCUGAAGGACUGAAGGAGAUGGCUGCGAAACUGGCCGAGGAUCGCAAAAACACAAGCAUACUCGAGGAAUAUUGGCUUGCCAAUCGCGAAAAGUCUGGAAAUGGCAAUCGUCGACUCUCAGGAGAGACACCCGUGAGCUCUCCGUCUCUCAACUCAUCACCUUUCCCCCGCAAAACCCACAGCCGCAACCGAUCAGCUUCCGACGGUGCCUCUCUAAUACCGCCUGGCAACAAGCUCUCACCAUAUCACCCUGCCUGGAGUUUGACUAGCCUUCUGGACAAGUUUGGUCCGCUCAUCUUUCCUAUACAUCGCGCUGCUUUACUGCGGAAGCGUAUUCUAAUAUCAUGUCAUGCACCAGUCCAUGAAGUUUGUGAUUUUGUAUACAACCUCUCUGUUCUUUCCAAUAUUCCUCUAUCUGUCACAGAUAUACUUCCAGGAUCAGCUUCAACGCAGCGUCUAAGACCGCUUUUCUCUAUUGGUGUUCAUGAUAUACCUUUCCUCAUGGACGACUUUGAGGCCUCUAAGAGGCCCCGCAAUGAUGAAGAUGUGAUAGAUGACGAAUCAGGCUCUGGUUGGAUUGCGUGCACCACCGACAGCAUUCUCGCUAUGAAGGACACACUAUGGGAUAUGCUCGUCACUUUGCCUCCCGACUACUCCUCUAAUGCUACAGAGCGAGUCUGGCCCGUGGUCGAAUGCCCUCGCGGACAGCCUAUCAAGGCGACCCAGCGAGAUCUUCGUCGUUUUACCACUCUAAAGAACGGCCUUGCCCGUCUUGCAGCUGCGAGCCAGGUCCCUAGCGCGGUCCCAGAGUCUCCUGAAGAGGAGCGCUCUGCGCGUAGAUUUUCUACCCAGUCGAGUCAUAUAGUUCGUGACCCACGAGACGACGCAGUGGAAAAGGUCGUCGAACCCCUGACAUGGGCAGCUUUUGCCUACAAUGGUUACAUGUGGUGGGCCAGCGCUGGUGAACAAUUGCGUCAGGAACAGCAAGACGAGGCAGCUCAUGAUGCUUCCCUGCUCGCCGAUUUUGGACCCUCUAUGACUAUGCCACGACCAGGUUCUCGCUCUGGACAAUUAUCAGACUCACUUGGGUCUCUCAAUGCCAGCAAUCGUGCCCCUGAUGGUUCUGGCGAAGCCCGGUUUGAGCUUGCUAUCAUCGCUUAUUUCCACCGUCUCACCACACAAAUACUAUCAGUGUUAGCUGAUCUAGCUGACAGCCAAGACGAGCCAUAUACUGACCAUGAUGAUGAUGACGAGGGCCUGUCGCAAGCUUCGGGCGAAAGAGCACCACUUCGCCCAUCAGACUCUGACCUCGAACCUGACGAUGCCGAUGCUAUCCGCGUAGAUAGCCACGCUGUGGAAAACAUGGGCCUCGACGUCUGGAGUGAUACCGAUGCCUUGUUCAUCCGUGAAUUGUCGAUCCUGUACUUUGGUCGUCCCGCUCAUAUUGAGGGCAAGGGUGUCGAAGUCUGUGGUGUAAGAGUAUGUUAAGAAGCGACCUCACUGUUCCAAAGAUAUGCACAAGCAAGACGAAAGCUGGUCCUACGUCUUUGGAACCUUAUACUACGUAUAGUCUAUAUCCCGAAAGGUCCUGAGAGAAUCUGGAAGAAGCGAUACAAUAGGCGUGCAUAAUGUAUGGAAACAAGAACGUUGCCUCACGGGCACUGUUUCAAAGGGGAAAGAGAAUGUUAAUUCAGGCGCUUGUUAUAUUAUAUGAUGGUUGGUCCAAUACGGGCUUUUUGCUCACUGGAGGCUGAGAUGGAAACUGGAAAAGGUGUCUUGGUGCUUGAACGAAACAAGCCGGCUGUGGAAAUAAUUCGAAGUUGAAUGAGAAUAAGCACAACAAGAAAGAGUUAUAUACUGAGUGUGUGCCUUAAAGAAACCCCUAAACUCCCAACUUGUUUCUAGAUAGAGAAACAAAUGCCCAAGCUUUAAAGUGUUUGUCAUCUUCCUCCAGACUCCCUCC